AUGAGAGGUUACGAUUCGCUGUUAUCAUGGCAGGUUAGCAUCAGAGCUACUAUCGCGGCUAGGAGUCAGGUUGCGAGCGUCAAGGCAUCCAGUCAUAAUCCCGGGUAUGAUACUCUCCAUGGCCACAGUGGUCUCAAGGGGGAGUUUGUGCCAGCCAUCUGGAACCUUUCCGUCACAUCGCCAGUGCUGACUCUCCAGUCCUUUGAGGAGGUCAAGAUGACUGACGCAGAUACUACGGCAACGUCGACUUCUCAGCAAUCCAAAGAGACCUUGGGCUUAAGACCUGGAUGGACGGCCGGGGUAGAAAUCGAGCAGUUCAACGAGCAGACGACACAUCAACGCCAUCCCCUCAAUUGCAGGAUGGCCGAGACGGAUCUCGCAGGUCGACGAGCAGACGACACCGCGCGGUAUGCAAACAGCCAAAUCAUUCUCAGUGACAUUGAGGACUUGCAAGAGAUAGUCGGUCGCUUCGAUUCAGAUGAAGAAGUCGUGGUCGACGCCGACAAGAAAAUCUACGUCCAGGCGAACAACGGCAAGAAAGCAUUGAAUUAUUUCCACAAGAAUUGGCAGGCCCAGGUCGGUAUCAACACCCUCGAGAAUACCAAGAAGCCUGGCAUCAUCGCCAAGGGAUCCGUUGUCUCCGAGAAGCCCGGCGCCAGCACCAAGCGCGAGGAGGAUUGA